AUGUCGGGUACCUCGACGGGGCGCAGCUCUCCCAGUGAACUGGCCGGGUCUGGGAACCCAAGAAUGCCGUUUGGACCUUCUCCAGGGUCCAUUGGUAGUUCGAGGCCGGGGGCUGGCUCCCCUUCUCAUGAUUUGGCAUCACGUCUUUACUCGAAGCGAGCCCGUGAAAUUCAAGCGCAAGAAGGCAUUUCUCCCAGUAUUUGGGGACCUCCUACUAGCGGCCAUUCAACCCCGCUCCGCGAGAAUAUCCCCGAAUCGCCGAGUCAAGAUAGCUUUCCCGAUUUGAUUCCUACCACCAAUGGCUCCAUGGACAGCCCUGGCCGCCGAGCUCGCGCUGGAACGGUUCCAUCUCGUUUCCCUCCAAUGGGAACACUGAGUGAGAUGGAUCUUCAGCAGCCUUAUAUGCCGCAAACCUCACGACCAACACCCUCAACUAGUCCUUUUAGGCCCCCCGGCGUUUCUGGUAUAGAUACAGGUUCGAAGGUUGCGAGUGCAACGGGUGUGCCCAACCCGGCAUCGCUAUCUCGCCUUCGAGCUGGCUCGAUGCCGCAAAGAAGCAACUUCUUGGGAGGUGGCGGCCCCUUCGGCCCAUCAUUGUUUUCAACAAACUGGUCGACGGGCCGUGAGAGAGCAACAACUUUAACUAGCAUUCGAUCUUCGGAAGGGCCGACUUCGCCCAGUCACUCUGCGUUCUCGAGGGAUGGACUCGCGGACACCGAUGUGAAGACUUUGGAUUACUUGGGCCUUGCGGAGACCCCUCAACAGGGGUUGUCCUCUCUUACACGUCCCUCGAUGGAAGCUUUGAUGCAGCAGCAGCAACAGCAAGCUUCUGCGCUGCCGCCACUCCUAGCUGAGUUGGCGAUGAUGAAGAACAAUAAUAGAUUCCGAUCAUAUUCUGUCAAUGCCAAGGAGAAGUACGCGGAUGACGAGGAUCUUGAAUAUGAAAGCCGUUACUCCCAACUUCCCUCGGGCAAUAUGACGCCAACCGCCGCUGCAACUGCCGCGCAACUUGCCGCCACACAGGCCCAGAUUCACCAGCAUAAUCUCGCCGUUCAGGCUUUUGCCAGCCAUGCGUCUGUCAGCAGACCCCGGGCGCGAACUGCUGGCAUUUUGGAGGCACCUCCCCAGCGAUCAUCCAUCCGCAACUACCUCGCCACACCUUCCCGCCUUGACAACAGCUUCAGUGCUGCUGACCUGCAGAUUCCCGAGAAUGGUGAAUAUGACGAGUUGUCCGAGGCAGUUCAGCUGAUGCAUCUCGGCGGUAACGGUAUUCCCGCCAUGGGUGGCCGACAGGCCGAGAUGGCAGAUGAGAACAACCAGGAUGGGCCUACCCGGGCACUUUGGAUUGGUAGCAUUCCCGUCUCCACUACUGUCACGUCACUAGAGGCUAUCUUUGGCAUGUAUGGAAAGAUCGAGUCGACCCGUGUUCUAACCCACAAGAACUGCGGAUUUGUCAACUUCGAUCGCCUUGACAGCGCUGUGCAAGCCAAGUCACUGCUCAAUGGCAAGGAGAUUUUCCCAGGCGCGGGCCCCGUUAGAAUUGGUUACGCCAAGGUUCCCGGUGCAUCGGCCACCGGUACUCCUGGUGCAAAUGGCAUCCAAUCGUCGCCAACUCCGGACCAAAACUUCAGGUCAAAUCUCGCAGCGGCAGAUGGGGCAAAUCAAGCAGACAAUGCCAACGUCAUCCCUCAAAUUCCCGCUCUGGCUGAUCUAUUGCCCGAGAUGGUUCAAAUCGUGCAAGAAUUCGGCGCAAGUGAAGAUGACUUGAAGAACAUCACAGCAAGCAUCCAGACUUCCAUCGCGUUCCAAGCUUUCGAGGAUGAAAUCCCCUCGGUACAGGAAACGAGCCAGUCCCGGAUUUUCGACGCCCCUCGUCUCCGCGACAUCCGGAAGCGUAUUGACAAUGGCGCAUGUUCGAUCCAAGAGAUUGAGGAGACUGCCGAGGCCAUGCUUCCUGAGGUUGCAGAGCUCGCGUCCGAUUAUUUGGGCAACACCGUGGUGCAGAAACUGUUCGAAUUCUGCUCUGAGUCUACCAAGGAACAGAUGCUGGCUCACAUUGCACCCCAUCUCUCCGAAAUCGGCGUUCACAAGAACGGAACUUGGGCUGCUCAGAAGAUCAUUGAUGUCGCGAAGACUCCUGGACAGAUGCAGUUGAUUGUUGAUGCUCUCCGCCCUUACACUGUUCCUCUUUUCUUGGAUCAGUAUGGAAACUAUGUCUUGCAGUGCUGCCUGCGGUUUGCCAGCCCCUUCAAUAGCUUUAUCUUUGAGUCUAUGCUCAGCCGAAUGUGGGAAAUUGCUCAGGGACGUUUUGGCGCCCGAGCGAUGCGGGCUUGUCUCGAAAGCCACCAUGCCACUAAGGAUCAGCAGCGGAUGCUUGCAUCUGCUAUUGCUCUCCACAGUGUGCAGCUGGCUACUAAUGCCAAUGGAGCUCUUUUGCUCACUUGGUUCCUUGAUACGUGCACAUUCCCUCGUCGCCGAACAGUGUUGGCCCCGAGACUCGUGCCUCACCUGGUUCACCUUUGCACCCACAAGGUUGCCUACUUGACUGUUCUUAAGGUGAUCAACCAGCGCAAUGAGCCGGAUGCUCGGGACAUCGUUCUGAAGGCUCUCUUCUUCAGUCCCGGCGAUGAAAUUUUGGAGAAGAUCCUGAGCGACCAGACAUCUGGUGCGACUCUGAUCUUCAAGGUCUUGACCACCCCAUUCUUUGACGAGUCUAUGCGGACUGAAGUCGUGAAGAACGUGUCUAAGGUUCUCACAAAGCUCAAGGCUUCCCCAAGCCAAGGCUACAAGCGUCUGAUGGAUGAAGUGGGCCUCUCUUCACGGGGUAACGGUCGGGAGCAUCACCAUGGACGUGAGCAAUCCACCCCGGAGAAGUCGCAACACCGCCAGUCCUCUCGCCACGGAAGCACAGGUUAUGCAGCCCAGCCGUCCAUGGACAGACAGUACAAUGGGCAGUUUACCCCCAACGCGUUUGGACAGAACCCCGACAACCGUCCUCUCUCCGCCGACCAGUCCAACCCCCCGCCCCUUGAUCCAUACUCGAGCAAUGGGCUCGGAAACCACUUGAACGGUCUUGCCGGUGCAGGUGGAUACAGUCAGGAACCUCUGAGCCAGCAACAGCUACAAUACCAAGCCUUCCUCGCUGCACAGGCUCGUGGUGUUCCCACAGGCUAUCCCGGUAUGCCCGGUGCCAACUACGGCUACCCAGCCGGCUCGCCUGCUGUGGACACUCUGCGAUCUAUGCAGCCGCAGCAAGCUUCCCCGCUAUCCACCAGCCAGAUGCUUCCCCAGAACAACUACCAACAGUUCAGCCCCGUUGGCAACCCUGCCCAGAUGUAUCAAUACCCUCCGCAAUACUACCCCCAGGCACAGCCCGUGCAGGGGCAGUCGGGCGGAGGCCGACGUGGACGGCUACGUGUUGUGAUUUCACUGUCCUAUCUCUUCGCCCUGAUCGGACGCUGGAUCGCCGGCAGGGGAGAAUCGGACCCGGGAGAGGAACUGGAUACAUGGGGAAUCGGUGGUGAAAAAGUCUUGUGUCUCUUCUGGGUGGAGGCCCAGUUUCCAUUCCCUUCUACUGAGCCCAAAAAGCCAGCGGCUCUCGCCAAGGUCCUCGACACCAUUCCUAUCUCUGAGCGGCGGUUCCACUCAGAACUGAUACUGCCACUCGUGAGGGAUUCCCUCAAAACUAUCAAGGCUGGAUUUUCCCAUGAUCGCCCAUGGUGUGAGGCUCGAGCUGUGCCUAGUGAACCUGAAUCUCAGGAUAGCAGAGCGCCGAAUGAACAUCCGCGGAAGCGGCGGAGGGGAAACGAUUGCUUCGAGUCUGCACCAGAGGAACAGGUUUUGACUAAAAAUGAACCACCAAUGGUUUUAUCGACUACCUCGUCAAAUGACUUCGAAUCUUUAUUAGAUCUUGCCAUUGUCAAGAAUCCAUCACCAGAGCCCGCAAUCAUCAGGGUUGGAAGCUGGCAUCAUGAUGAAACGAAUUCUCCACCGUGUGAAUAUAUCGUCCCACCCGAGUCGAGCUUUGUGCUUUGUACACUACCUCUAUUUCAAUCCGAGGUUGACCGUCCAACUACAUCCAAUAACUAUCCUAUUCCCGGUCUCCCCAAGCACCAGAAAUUCAAUCUUAUCCUUAUGGACCCGCCCUGGCCAAACAAAUCCGUGCGACGCAGCAGACACUAUCAAACACAUCACUACUCCGAGAUGGAUGUGCUUACAGAAGGGUUACGAGAUAUACUCCGGGUACACUCGCACGACCCGAAAACAAAGCAGGGGUUACGCCGAUCCGGACCCCACCCGGAAACCAUCCAAAGCGAGCAGUCCAUAGCUGCUAUAUGGAUUACGAAUGCGGAAAAGGCCCGGCGAGCAGCAUACGAGGCCUUGAGCGGUGCGGGCUUUUGUAUCUGCGAGGAAUGGAUCUGGGUCAAGACUACGUGGGACGGACAACCGAUCUCCACAUUAGACGGGCUAUGGCGAAAACCGUACGAGAUCCUUGUCAUUGGCCGCAAGAGUGGCCAUAAUGUCAAUGUCAACGCUAACGGUAACGCCGACGAUGCGCCACUCCUGUCUCAGAUGGAUGAUCUGACACGGAUGAGUGAGGCCAUUACGAGGAGACGGGUCAUCGCUGCGGUUCCAGACUUGCAUUCUCGUAAACCGAACUUGAAAUCUAUUCUUGAGAAUGUGUUUUUCACCGAGGCUGGUCAACUUCAGGGGUAUUCUGCCCUCGAGGUGUUUGCGCGCAAUUUGACCGCUGGCUGGUGGGCUGCUGGUAAUGAGGUUCUCCGCUUCAAUGCCCAAAAUGGCCAAAAUGAUUCAGGGGUCAACGAAAUUUCAGAGCGUCCAAAAUGCUUCAACAGCACAUUCCAAGAAGUUCUCUUCGUCUUAACUGCCACGAUGGCCAUUGGCCAGCAGUCAUUCUUCCAGGGCUGUAUCGUGGGAGUAACGGCAUCUAUUGGCAAGGAUUUACAUAUGAAUUCCGCUGAAAUCACCUGGAUCAAUGCCGGUGCUUCCCUCACAAGCGGUGCCUUCCUCCUCACCUUCGGAAAGCUAGCCGACAUGUUCGGACGCAAGGUGCUCUUCAUCAUCGGCAUGGGCGGUUUCACCAUCUCACUACUCAUCGCCGGCUUCGCAACAAACGCCAUCUACAUGGAUGUCUUCUCUGGAGUUCUAGGUGUAUUCGCAGCCGCCGUCGUCCCACCCGCGGUCGGCGCUCUAGGCGCUACUUACGAGAGGCCCUCAAAGCGAAAGAACCUUGCCUUUGCCUGCUUCAGCGCGGGAAACCCGCUGGGGUUUGUCGGCGGCAUGAUUAUCUCCGGUGUCGCGGCGCAUUUGUAUAACUGGCGCGCUUCUUUUUGGGCUCUUUCUGUUGUCUAUGGGAUCUUUACUAUUUUGACUGUCUGGACGGUCCCGGCUGAUGGGUUUGCUAGGACGCCUUUGAGUGUUCAGGCUUUGAAACAGUUUGAUCUCCUCGGGAUGGUUUUGGUUGUUGUUGGGUUUGCGUUCUUUUCGAGUUCGCUUUCUCUGGCUUCAGAUGCUCCAGAUGGAUGGAAAACGGGAUACGUCCUUGCUCUGUUUAUUGUGGGCUUUUUCCUUCUCGUCGCAUUUCUGUAUUGGGAGUCCGUUGCUACAAACCCUCUCAUGCCUCUUUGGGUCUGGCGAGAUCGUAACUUCUCUCUUCUCAUUGGAACCUGCUGUCUUGGCUUCAUGGGGUUCUCUGCCGUCAGCUUCUUCCUUUCCCUCUACCUUCAAAACUUGAAAAAUCUCUCUGCCCUUGAGAUCACCGUCCAGCUACUCCCAAUGGUUGUCAGCGGAGUGCUGGUCAAUGUCGUCUGCGGUCUGGUCCUGCACCGCGUAAGCAACAAAAUACUAACCGGCAUCGGAGCAUUGGGGUAUACAGCCUCGUUCCUUAUCCUGAGCUUCAUGAAGCAAGAAGCUAGCUACUGGGCAUUUAUCUUCCCAGCGCUAGUUCUUGUUGUUGUUGGUGCUGAUAUUCAAUUCAACGUCACAAAUAUGUACGUGAUGUCUACCCUCCCACCAUCUCAGCAAUCCAUCGCCGGUGGCAUAUUCAACACCGUCAUCAAGUUGUGUAGCAAUCUGGGCGUUGGCAUUGCUACUUCUGUGGAGAGCUCGAUCGCCCUUCGUAUGACCGCCUCCACGCCUGCGAUUCGGCCUUAUCUGUCGGUUUAUUGGUUUGCGGCUGCGGCUUCCGGGGCGUCUUUACUUUUGGUGCCGUUCUUGACAAUUGGUAGACAGGGCAAUGAUGCCCCUCAAAACGAGCAGUUGAUCACCGAGGAGGGUGGUGAGAAGACAGCUGUUACUGCUAAUACGAGCUCUGUGGUUUCUUCUACUGUUGAUAUCACGGAGCACGAGAAGAGGUAG